UUCCCUACAAAGAGCACCACAAGCAAGGAGGUAUUGGACAAACUAAGGAUACACCAGCAACAUUUUGGAAAUCCAUGUAGAAUUAUCAGUGAUCGUGGUACAGCAUUUACUAGUCAUGAAUUUAAACAAUACUGUGAGGAAGAAGGUAUACAACAUGUUAAGAUCACCACAGGCAUCCCAAGAGGAAAUGGUCAAGUUGAAAGGAUUCACAGAAUUAUAAUAUCUGUUCUCACAAAGUUGUGUAUUGAACAACCUGAUCUAUGGUAUCGUCAUGUGAGUAGAGUUCAACAAUGUCUUAAUAGUACAUUCCAAAGAAGUGUAAACUGUACACCUUUCGAGCUGAUGGUAGGAAAAAGAAUGAAUAUUAAAGAAAAUGUAGAGAUUCACAACCUACUUAUGCAAGAAGAGAGAGAUUUAUUCAUAGAAGGAAGAGAGCAUUUACGCCAAAAGGCCAAGGAGCAAAUUCAACUCAUACAGGAGGAAAAUAGAAGAAGUUACAACAGGAAGAGAAAAGACAGCACUAAGUACAGCAUAGGAGAUUUGGUGGCUAUAAAGAGGACGCAGUAUGGCACAGCCAUGAAGCUAAAGCCAAAGUUUUUAGGACCUUAUCGUGUCACAGGUGUCAAGGGCAAUGACCGCUAUGAAGUACAGAAGGUAAGUGCUAAUACUGAGGGACCUAAUAAUACUUUGUCUGCUGCAGAUUAUAUGAAACAGUGGCCUGUACUUACCUGACUGAUCUUUUGUCGAUGCUUACUUAUUGAUAGGUUUUGUGUAUUAAUUUGUUUUAUUUACUUAGUGUAAUAUUUUAAUUUUUUUCUUAUGAAACUGAUGUUCUGUGUAUUCAGUGUAUUUUUUUUUUCUCUCGCAUUAUACAUAAAGUGUAAGGGUAGUACUUAAGUUAUCAUAUCCUACCUACAAGGAUGUUUGGUUAUAUUUAGAGAUUAGAUUAAUCUGAUUAUAUGUAACUCAACAUUAUAUUUGUGUUCUUUUUACUGGUUAUUUAAUUAGGGUGUAAUGUAAGGUGUUCUAUAUUAUGUAAUAGACUAUUUUGUAAUAAUGAUGUAGUGUCAGAAAAAAUGAUUGAUGUAUGACUGAGGACAGUCAUUUUGUCAGUAUGGCCGAAUGUAGGAUGCGAGAAAUGGAACGAAUGAUUGUAUGAAAGAGAUAGGAAUGUGGUAUGAAAGUGUUGUGUGAGAGAGACAGUAUGAAUGGAAAAUUAAGCUUGCUGAUUGGUUCACGGCAGUGUGAUAUUCUUUUUGGAAACUAUGGUGGAUUCGGUUAAGACGAGAGUUUUUGGCUUAUGUUUUAAA